GUGAAGGUAAUCUGGCCUGUAACCUUAAACAGAUCUAUAUCAGCUUACAUGGACAUUAUGAGUAUAUAUAGAAAUGUUAACAGGUUCCCAUUAUCGAACUACACCUUUGGUACAAAGGACGCGCAAUCUGAGAGAGAUCAUUCCGUUCAAGCUCGAUUUCAAAGAAUGAGAGAAGAAUACGAGAAGGUAGGAAUGCGACGUUCAGUGGAUGCUGUUCUCAUUGUUCAUGAACAUUCAUUGCCACACAUCUUAUUGCUACAAAUUGGUACUACCUUUUUUAAACUUCCUGGAGGUGAACUUGAGGUUGGAGAAGAGGAAACGGAUGGUAUGAGACGACUGCUAGAUCUAACGCUUGGACGUAGUGAUGGAGUUAAAAAUGAGUGGAAAAUAGAGGAUGAGGUCGGCAACUGGUGGCGACCGAAUUUCGAUCCACCCCGAUACCCCUACAUACCAGCUCAUGUCACCAAACCUAAGGAACACACAAAAUUGUUGCUGGUUCAAAUGCCGGAGAAGGCGAUGUUUGCGGUGCCGAAGAACUACAAAUUGGUAGCAGCUCCAUUGUUCGAAUUAUAUGACAACGCUGCAGCUUAUGGGCCUCUCAUCGCCAGUCUACCAAUGGCUCUUAGUAGGUGGGCUUUCGCCUUUUACACUAAUUAUAUUAUUCUUCUAUGA